GCCCCCAACAGCAGCAAAACAAUGGCAACGAACGGAUUUGCCUUUGGGCUGCUGCUUUUGCUGCUUUGCGUGAUCAAUCGCGUCCACUUGUCGCAAGCAGUCGAUGCGUGCACCGCGUGCAGUUGCUCGGGAAUCACCGUGGAUUGCACGAGCAAAUUGCUCGCUGAGAUUCCAACCGCAAUCCCACUCGCCACAAAGCUGCUGUAUCUGCAGGACAACCAGAUCACCAGUAUUCCUGCGUCGGCAUUGACUGGCCUGACUGCGUUGACCAACCUAGUUUUCCUUCGCAACCAGAUCACCAGUGUUGAUGCAAACGCAUUCACAGGCCUCACUGCGCUGACUUACAUGGAUCUGUCCUACAACCAGAUGACCACCAUUCCCUCCUCUGCAUUCACAGGCCUGACUGUGCUGAACUUCUUAAAUAUCGGAAACAACAAGAUCACGAGCAUUCCCUCCUCUGCAUUCACCGGCCUCGCUGCGCUGGAACAAUUGGAUCUGGGAACCAACCAGAUCACCAGCAUUUCCGCCUCCGCGUUCGCGGGCCUGACUGCGAUGUUUUCAUUGGAUCUUCAGUCCAAUAAUAUCACCAGCAUUCCCGCUAAUACAUUCACCGGUCUCGCCGCGCUGUCUAUGUUAUACAUGCAAACCAACCUGAUCACCAGCUUUGCGGCCUCUGCGUUCACAGGCCUCACUUCCUUGGGUUUCUUGGAUUUAUCCGCGAACCAGCUCACAGACAUUGGCUCGUCUGAAUUCACCGGCCUGAAUGCGAUGCAGCGAUUGCUGCUGCACAACAACAAGAUCACCAGCCUUUCUACAAACGCAUUCGCGGGUCUGACUGCAACUGGACUGCAAGCCUUGACUUUGAAUGGCAAUCCCCUGACCACAUUGCCGCCUGGUCUGUUUAAGGGCCUGCAAAAUGGUUUGUACUUGUCGUACACAUCCGACUUUGCCCAGCCGCUGAGCCCCAACAACUUUACCUUUGGUGACAACACUGUCGCUCCGCCCAGCACAUACGGCACUGCAUCCACUCCAAAUAAGUGUGACAAAGCCUGCGCCACCUGCUUUGCGGCUGGGUCCGCUGGGUGUUGCCCGAACAAUUGCCUGUACUGCACUUCAACGUCUGUGUGCAGUCAGUGCAACGACGGUUAUGUUCCAAUGGGUGGAUCAUGCGUGUCGCUCGCGUCCAUUGCUUCUGCUUCCAGCGCCUCCGUUGCUUCAGUCGCGUCCACGCAAGCUGCCUCGGUUGCGUCGCUUGUUUCCGCUACCUCAGAGCUCUCGGCAUCCGUCGCGUCCCUUGCUUCUGCGUCUUCAGCCUCAUUUGCCUCCGAGGUCUCUGCAUCGUUUGCUUCCGUUGCUACUGCCUCUUCAGCCUCAGUUGCCUCCGAGGCGUCCGCGUCGGUUGCCUCCGAUGCUUCCGCCACCUCAGCUUCUGACGCUUCCCUCGCUGAGGCGUCUUCAGCGUCAAUUGCAUCUGCUGCCGGCGCGUCGUCCGCCUCUGUCGCUUCUGAAGUUUCUGCUACCUCGGCAUCCUUUGCUUCCAUCGCGGCAGAGUCGUCAGCCUCGGUUGCAUCCCAGGCAUCCGCAUCAGCAGCCAGUGCUUCGUCUGCGUGGCAGACAUCGGCUGCAUCUGCUGCGUCCAAUGCUCCGAAAGGCUCAAGUGACUCAGAGUCAUGGCCGAUCAUUCUCGGCGUGAUUCUUGGCCUGUUAGCCCUCAUCUUGUUGGCUGCGCUGGCUGUAGCUCUUCGGCGUCGUCGCGCACCAAAGUCAUUGCCAGCCAUCAGCGCAACCACCAAACCACGCGAAUCUGCAUCCGCCUCAGAGCCUACCUAUCAGUCUGCUGAUCACAGCACUGUGUCGAACGUUGUGAAUCCAACCUACGAAGCUUUGUCUGCCGCUGGCAACCAUGUCUUGUACGAGGAUGUUGGCUCGAUGCCCCAGGCUCCUCCUGUCGGUUUGUCGGAACAGGUGUAUGCCGAAGCAUCUGCGGUUGCACCCAGUUCAAUGCAAGCAUCAAGCAGCGGUGUCGAGUAUGCCCAUCCUUUGCUGCCUAACGCAUCGUCUGUUCGUGUGCAGCCCGCGUCCACACCAACCACGUACUCGGCGAUCACUGUUGUGCCAUCCGAGCAGAAGUACGAAACGGCGUCUGCUACGCCCGCUCAAGCCUUGUACGAGGAUGUCGGCUCGCAGCCCCGAGCUUCUGAAGGUGCCUCGGAGCUGCUCUAUACCGAAGCGUCCACGGCUGGGUCUGGUGUCGUGUACGCCAAUCCUUCGCUGCCCAAUCCCUCGUCUGUUCGUCCGCCGCCAGAGUCCUCAGCAACCCCUUACGCGACAGUCGCUGCUGUGCCUUCGACGCAGAACGGAAAUGUCGAGUACUCUUCGAUCGCAAUCUAGCAAACGAGCGUGGUUGGCUUGUGCUGUUGGAAUCCCAGCAAGGCUUUGAGCACCCUCCCUCAUCCUCAUGCUUUCAUCCUCAGUUCGACAUUUUCAAUAAACGUUCAAAUUGGCUCUA